CACUCUAUCCCCUGUUUUUUUCUAUGUUUCAUCACAUUGCUCCUUUUUUAACCUCUUUUUUUAAUCUAUCCGAGAUUAGAUUCCUUAGUUUAGCUCAAAGUUGACCUGAAUUCAGUGAUAAUUAUAGACAUUCGAUCAUACUAGAAUCAUUGUUUUAGUGUUUGACCACUUGUAAAUAAGAUAUAUAAUCUGGUGUGCUAAUAGAAUUACAAGAGAUCCUGUUCUCAAGAUGUCAGCAUAUGGCCAUCAGAUGGAGCAGGAGUAUUCAGCACGCGGUCUCUCAAGCGAAGACGGAUCUGAUAUGGGAAGUCAGUUUAGAAUGGAAUCCGUGAUCUAUAUGUCAUCAUUUGCCGCAACUGUGUUCGUUGGCGCACUCGUGAUAGUCGGAGUAUUGUUGAUGACUUUGCUUACUGCAUUGACUGUAAUGUUACAGUCAUGUCAAAGUAGGGAAGCUGGAGUUGUUGAAGCCAUCAAAUCCGAUCAUCAUCAUCAUCGUCAUGAUUAUAAUCAUAAUCAUAAUGAUCAUCAUGAUUAUUGCAAAAUGGCUGCUUUAAACGCGGAGAUUAAUAACUUUGAAGCGCAUUAUUCUUUGCCUGAAUUUUGCAAGGAUGUUGCGGUUAAGUACAUAAACGAAGGUCGUUACAUGAGAGAAUUGAACAGCUCAGUGUCAUUAGUUGAGAAGUAUUUCAAUGGGAUUACACCAAAUGAUGACGGUCAUGAUGCGGUGUUAAUGGAUGUAGACGACUUCCUUCCUGCCAACUAUUUCGGUUCCAACCCGUUGUUGUAUGGAUACAAUCGAUACGGUUAUGAUGAUUGUGUUAGAGAGGCAAAACAUAUGAAGCAUGUUUUCUUGGUUGAUUUGUACAUAAAACUUGAAUCUAGUGGAUGGCCAUUGAUUUUGUUAUCAAGGAAGCCUGAGAAGCGACGGGACGCCACCAUUGAGGACCUUAAGUCAGCUGGAUGUGUCGGUUGGUCAAAGUUGAUCAUGAGAUCAAACGACGAGAUGAAAAUGGACACCCGUGAUUACUUUGAGAAACAAAAAACAGCCAUUCAAUCGGAGGGUUACCACAUUCGGGCUGUGAUUAGCAGCCAUAUGGAUAUGUUAGUAGGUUCAUUUAUCAAAACAGAAAACUUCAAGCUUCCGAACCCCCUUCCCGUUCCUCCAACUCAGAGCAUUGUAUAAGUUUCUAUAUCAUUUUGUAUAUAGGUUUCUUGUGGGUAUAUUUUUUGGGUACAAGAUGGGAAUCAUGAAGAGAUUAUUAUUUUUGUAUCAGUCAAACAAAAUGAAAACCACAGGUAUUAAUAUUUUGUAUAUUGGUUUGAUUUAAGAAAAGGAAUGUUUUGAGUUAGAGGUGAA